UGUCUCCAGAGCCUAUUUAAUUCCACAUGACAGCUGGUAUUGUCCUUGUACCAGAUCCGCGCCGCUCCCUUCUCCUCUCGCAGGCGCAGCCAAGUUGCGGAUCCGAUCCAAUGUGGACGGCGAGGGCUUGGGCGGUGGCGUUCCUGGUGAUCGCGGCGGCGGUUGUGGCGGCGGAGGCGAAGUCAAAGCUGAAGACGUGCGACAAGGGGUGGGAAUGCAGCGGCAGCAUCUACUGCUGCAAUGAGACCAUCACCGAUUACUUCCAGGUCUACCAGUUCGAGAACCUCUUCAGCAAGCGCAACUCCCCUGUCGCCCACGCCGUCGGAUUCUGGGACUACCAUUCCUUCAUCACCGCCGCCGCAGUCUACGAGCCUCUCGGAUUCGGCACCACCGGCGACAAGGAGACCAAGAUGAUGGAGAUCGCCGCUUUCCUCGGCCAUGUCGGAAGCAAGACUUCCUGUGGAUAUGGUGUUGCCACUGGUGGUCCAUUGGCAUGGGGAUUAUGCUAUAACCAUGAAAUGAGCCCAAGCCAAGACUACUGCACUCCAAACUACCUAUAUCCAUGUGCUGAAGGAGCUUCAUACUUUGGUCGCGGUGCUUUACCUGUUUAUGGGAACUACAACUAUGGACUCAUUGGUGAUGCUUUAAAUGUGGACCUCUUGCACCAUCCAGAAUACCUAGAGCAAAAUGCUACCAUAGCUUUCCAAGCUGCAAUAUGGAGGUGGAUGACACCAAUGAAGAAGAAGCAGCCUUCAGCUCAUGAUGUUCUUGUUGGAAACUGGAAGCCGACAAAUAAUGACACUUUGUCCAAUAGGUUACCUGGCUUUGGUCUUACCAUGAAUAUAUUGUACGCAGAUCAAAUUUGCGGCCAGGGAUAUAUUGAUCCCAUGAACAAUAUCAUAUCUCACUAUCAGUAUUACUUGGAUUUGAUGGGAGUUGGACGCCAAAAGUCUGGAGAUAACCGGGAUUGUGCUGAUCAGGUGCCUUUUAAUCCAUCAUACAAGGAUGCUACAUCCUAGGUUACAACUAUAAAAGCUCCAAAAAUGGAAUCAAAACUCAGGAAUAAUGCUCCAAAUAAGUGAUUGUGUCAAUUUGUAUUAUGGUAAAAGAUGAGACUUGUUUAUUUGUGAAAUCAGCUAUACUCAUUUGUAAUGUCCAUCAUGCAGUUGUGUUAUCUAUGUGGCCUUAUGUUAGUUCUCAUGGCCAAAGAACUUGUUUUGUUGUCAAAACUACAUUAUGUAUUUGCUUCAGAAUUACUCUUCCUAAGAAGAAAGUUUUAUUGUUCAGUUUAAAAA